UUAACUAUUACAUUGUAAAUAUGUUAAAGGUUGGCAUCUACCCAUAAAGAAGGAAGCAUGCUAUGUCUCUGCAGUGAGGGUUAUAAGAGGUGCAUUGUCAUCGAGUUGUACAGACUCCUAUCAACAGAUAACGUGGGACAUAUGACUAAGAGGUGACCGGUUUCAUUUUAGUAUCCUAUCCUAAAGAGUUAGACAGUGAAGAAAUAAAACUCAUAAGCUGAAGCUUUCCACGAAGGAACACUGAGUUAAAGAAGACUUUUAUAUUUGUCACAUAAUGGUCAUGUACUCGGGCAAAGAUUAUCUAUCCUGGCUGGCAGCCAGCUAGCCAUACAGCUGAGCUGCUCUCUCGGUGAAAUGCAUUGAGUUGCCUCACUCAGUCCUGAGGAGAAGCCACAUUUUGUACGUGGUAUUAUUUUUCCUCUGGUGGUAUUGGAACAGUGAUCUACUGUGGAGACAUUGUUAUCUGUAAUGAAGAUCACAGCAGAGGGGAAGAUACAGCAAGGCCUCCUUGUACCACUGGAUCUGGAGCAGAGAGACUCUUUUUAAAAAGAGGAAGUUAAAGUUAUUUACUUUUGUUUUUAGUGUUCCAAUUUAAUAAUGUUUAUUUAUUUUUGGUACUAGGGACUUAAUAUAAGAAUUUAUGAAUGUUAGAUAAACACCCUGUCACUGAACUGUAUAACCAUAUUCCUUUCACUGAUUAGACUCAGUGUAGAAAUUACAAUUCAAUGCUAACCCCCAAAUACACUAGUAUCCAUUGUGGCAUUUUUCCUUACGUUUGUAUCUGAAAAAGAGUGGCUAGGCAAGAGGCACAGUCCUACAUAAUGAAAUAUACCAAGUGCAAUUUUAUGAUGUCAGUUUUGGGCAUUAUAAUCUAUGUAACCGACUUGGUUGCGGACAUUGUCCUGUCUGUUAGGUACUUCCAUGAUGGACAGUAUGUUUUCGGUGCUUUAACGUUGAGCUUUGUGCUUUGUGGAGCACUCAUCAUCCAUUGUUUCAGCUACUCGUGGUUGAAGGCUGACCUGGAGAAAGCGGGACAAGAAAAUGAAUAUGGUUUUCUUCUACUCCAUUGCUUACAAGGAGGAGUUUUUACAAGGUAUUGGUUUGCCCUGAGAACAGGUUACCAUGUGGUUUUCAAACACAGUGACAGGCCAAGUAAUUUCAUGGAGGGGCAAACGGACCCUCACAAAGCAGCAGUGGACAUGGCCACCGACUUGAGCAUGCUCAGGCUGUUUGAGGCCUACCUGGAAGGCUGCCCUCAGCUCGUUCUCCAGCUCUACGCCUUUCUGGAGCGUGGCCAGGCAAAUUUAAGUCAGUACAUGGUCAUCAUGGUUUCCUGCUGUGCUAUUUCUUGGUCAACUGUCGACUAUCAAAUAGCUUUAAGAAAAUCAUUGCCUGAUAAAAAUCACCUCCAAGGACUCUGGCCCAGGCUCACGUAUCUCUUUUACAAGUUGUUUACCUUGUUGUCCUGGAUGCUGAGUGUCGUACUGCUGCUGUUUGUGGAUGUGAGGCUCGCUUUGCUUCUGCUCCUAUUUCUUUGGGUCGUAGGCUUCAUAUGGGCAUUUAUAAACCACACCCAGUUCUGCAAUUCUGCAACUAUGGAGCUCUUGUAUAGGACUGUGGUUGGAUUCAUCCUUGUGUUUACAUUUUUUAAUAUCAAGGGGCAGAAUACCAAAUGUCCAAUGUCUUGCUAUUAUACUGUAAGGGUGCUAGGCACCCUGGGAAUCUUGACUGUAUUCUGGAUUUACCCUCUCUCCAUCUUUAACUCCGACUAUUUUAUCCCUAUCAGCGCCACCAUAGUUCUUGCUCUUCUCCUUGGGAUUAUUUUUCUUGGUGUUUUUUAUGGAGCCUUUCACCCAAAUAGAAAUACAGAAACACAGCAUGAUGAAACUGAUGGAAAAGCACCUCGGAGAGACUGUAGAAUAAGAUAUUUUCUAAUGGACUAAGUUGUGAAUUCAUGAGAAAUGUUUAAUUUUUGUUUCAUCGCUUAGUAAAGAAAAUGCCUGUCAUAUGCAUGUGCUGCUACUUAGUCUAUCCCCUCUGACUUGAAAUGAGUUAUGGCAAAUGGUGAAUGAGAACGUAAUAGUAUCUUACUGUUUACAAUAAUUUCUUCUCGUGUUGCUGAGGAUCAGGCCCUAUGCACGCUAUGAAAGUGUUCUGCCUUUGAGUUGCACCACCAGCCAUCUCGCUGGUUCCAAAGUCUUUAGUACAGAGAUAGUUGCUUUCUGUCUGACAGAGCGGCUGUGUGGUUUCUCAAGUGGAAUAAACACUGUGGUUCCCAUGAGGCCCACAGGAUGUAAUGUCCUUCAGUCAUGUUCACCCUGCUUCUUUCUUGUUCCGUUCCCAGGCCUGCUGACCUACACUUCCCUACCAGCUCCCUUACUUUAAUAUCUUAGUUUUUAAUUUUUACGACUCAAUGAGUUUCAAUGUGGUUGUUUACGAGAGCAUUGGCCAUUUCUGUCUUUCCCUUCUCAGCAACCAUUGACCGACUGUAAAUCCUUAGUGAGGAGUGGACCUCCCCACUCGCUCUCCUUCCUCCAUGACAGUGCCGAUGUGCUCAAUUUCCCAUAGGUAGCUGUGAGUUCAAGAACACAACAUCCAUGUAACUCCUGAAAGUCUACACUCCAUGUCACCCCACUACCCACCCACCUCCAGCUCUUACAUUCCUUCUGACCCUUCUUUCAGGCUGGUCCUGGAGCCUUGGAGGGGUGACACAGAUGACCAUUACAGCUGGGCACUCAACAGUCACUCAUUCUCAGUACUCAACAGUAGUCAUCAGGUAGCCUACAUAUCUAUUUCUUCUACAAAAAGAAGCUUCUCUGAGGAAAGCUAUCAAGCUUUCUCAGCACACAACUAUCAAGAUGGGUGCUUAGAAGGCGGCGAUUGAUGGUCACAUCACAUGCAAUUAGCAAGACAGCAGUUGUAGUUUCCUCAGGGCCUAUGAUGUGCCCCAGUCAUAGGCUCGUAACUGGGCUGAACAAACCAGCUGUGGAACAGGGAUCAAAUCUUGAUAUAAUAUGUCUUAAUUAUUAUCUCUGAGUAGUUUAACUCAGAAUUUUUCCAUUAAUUUAUUUGGUCACUUUACAUCUCAAUCACAGUCCACUUCUCCUCCUUUCUCCCAGUUCUCCUCAGAGAAGGAGGAAGCCCCUGGGUACCAACCCACCCUGGCACAUUAACUCACUGCAGGACUAGGCACAUCUCUCCCACCGAGGCCAGACUAGGCAGCCCAGUUAGGGGAACACGAUCCACCGGCAGGCACCAGGGUCGGCCAGCACCUGCUACAGUUGUUGAGGGAUCUGCAUGAAGAGUAAACUGCACAUCUGCUUACAAAAGUGCAGUGUGUGUGUGCGCGCAGUGUGUGUG